AUGGCCGUGGCCUACUGGGAGACUGUGGGAUGCAACGUUGCCGUUUACUCGCUCGGUACGGGCCACCAAGCGAUGGACCAACAUGAGGUGGAAGUGCUUCUCCGGCGAUUUCCCACCAGGGAAAUGAGGAAGAUGAUGAUCGCCAUGCAGAUGGAGGAACCAGAGGAGAUCGACACCAUUUCGGAAGGAAAGUUGCGGCACAAGCCGAAGCAGACCGCCAGUGUGGCCUUGGAGCUCAUGCGUGAUCGCGCAGCGAAGCUCAGGGCUCAUAGCAUCUUGAGGAGGGCCAGCCUACAGGGCCUUCGGAAGCUUUGCAUCCUCAGUGGAGAUGCUCUUCAAAUGCUCCGGCACCUUGUUCCCAGCACUUCCGUCUCGCACGUCUUCGUGAACUUCCCUGAGCCGCCCUUUGUCUCUGGCGAAGUUGCGGAGUCCACUUAUCACAUGAUGACCUCCGAACUUUUUGAAGAGAUGCACCGAGUGCUGCAGAAGGGGUGUCAGAUCACCAUCCUCUCAGACAACCACAGGUAUAUGCAAAGCUUGGCACAAACCGCCGGUAGUUUGGUGGAACGGGGACUCUUUUGCUCGGUCGACCAUCCUGGGGAGAAGCAGAUGUUCCAUCAAGUGGCUCUGCACCAUGGCUGGCCGGACAAGGAAAGUGGUCACCUGGUGAAGUCAAGCUCCUAUUUCGACUCUCAUUGGGCCAAAGGGCAUCGAGUCGAUCGCUUCUACAUCUCACUGCGAAAGACAUCAAAGAAAAGAGGUGCAGACGUUUGA